AUGUUCACGAAAAAAGAAAAAAUCCUCAUCCGCCCUUACUGGGAGAAACGUUACCACCAACACCGCGAAAAAGUAAUUAAAGCCAUCCCACGCAUCGACUACCACCCGCCAGCGGAAUACAAUCACGUGACCCUCAAACUCAAAAAGGCCCAAAAGGAGUUGGAACGCCAGAAGCAAAUCGAAAACGAGAAUAUUCGUCUUUUGCAGCGUCUCGGUUCGAUUAUGACGAAAAAACGCAUCGACAACUACUGGAAAACGUGUCGUCCGAAUUUCCUGAGUCGCGAACCGAUCGUGGAUUAUGUGCAGCGAGCACGUUCCCGCGACUCCUCGAUGAUUCGGGAGACGCCAACGAUUUCGCAGGAGGAAUUGAUGAAUCGCAGACGGUCCAAAAGUGCAUCGCGAUGCACGGCAUGCUCCCCGAGCAUCUCGGGAGACUUCUUGAAGGAGGAAUCGGGCGAGAGACUGCCCUUUGCAUUGCCACAAGAGACGAAAAAUGUUCGGAUGCGGAAGAAUUCGAUGCCGCAUGUUUGCUGCUUGUAUUGCUGUUGCUGA